GAAAAGGACGACGAGUUGGCAAGGGGGGAUCAAUCAAAACAAGACGCCGGGGUCGCUUGGAACACUUGUGCAGCUGUUCUGUACGUUUCCUGCUGUUUCGCCCAAUCUUGUGCGCUCAUUCCUCUGUCGACACUCCCCAGCGCAGCUCGUGACUGUCAGUCUCCGCACGCCAAGCCGUCAGAAUGGCCGCCCAAAUUCACAAUUUCAAGGUGGAAAUGACCUGCGAGGGAUGCUCAGGUGCUGUUGAGCGUGUUCUUGGAAAGCUGAAAGGUCAAGGUGUUGAUUCUGUCAGCAUUGAUCUACCUGGCCAGUUGGUGUCUGUGACAUCUACCUUGUCCUCUGAUCAGCUCCUGGAAGCCUUAAAGAAAACUGGGAAAGCAGUGUCUUACAUUGGUCUGAAACAAUAGUUAAAUACAUUUCCCUGGUAUUAUUUUUCAAGAUGCUGUUGUAUUCAGUUGCUAAUUGCUAACAAGUAAGACUGUUCAUCUGUGCAUUCCGUGCUUAGAAAAUACAAAAUUUGACUUUGAAAAAGUGCUUGAAUUCUUGAUAAAUUGUGUUGAGUUGAUUCUUGUGACACACUUAGUCACUCAGUUUGAUUUCAUGUUUUCCUGUUAAGAUAGAGUGGUAAACCAACUCUCAAAGUGUAAUAUUUUGGAAAAAUUUCUUAAAAUCAUCCCUUGUGCUUUUGCUUUUUAAAAUACUUGAGAGAUAUUCAUUUGUGAUAUACAAACACUUACUUGACAUUUACUUGAUGUGGAAAUGGACUUGAGGCUCACUCCUUGUCUAUAGGUGAUGUGAUUAUAUUGUUAUUGUUAUGUUAAGACUUAUAUAUCUAUUUUCUGCUCUAUUAUUUGAAGUGUCAACAAUUUGAAAGGCAGAUGAAUAAAUAAUCCAUAUGCAGCACUA